AUGAAGUUUGGGAAGGAGUUUGUGUCUCAAAUGGUGCCGGAAUGGCAAGAAGCCUACUUGGACUACAACUCACUCAAGGCUCUCUUGAAAGACCUCUUGCGUUUUGUACAGACCAGAACACCAACAUCAAUGGCUUCAACUCCAAAUGGUUCAGCUUUGAAUAGAAGGGUUUCUCUUUACAGGGCCUUUAGUGGGCUGACAAGUCGGCAUAGGGAGUCUCCGAGGGCAAAAGAGGAUGAGGAGAUUCUUGUUAGUGAAGACGGGGAGGAUGGGAGGUACCAUACAUUUGUGACGGUCUCGGAUGAGGAAAGAGGGUAUGAGGUUAAGUUUUUCAAUAGGCUUGAUGAUGAGUUCAACAAAGUGGUGAGGUUUUACAAGAUGAAGGUGAAAGAAGUGGUGGAGGAGGCUGAUGAGUUGAGUAGGCAGAUGGAUACUUUGAUUGCUCUGAGGCUCAAGGUUGAUAAUCCAAUGGUGGAUUUUGGGGAUGGUCCAAAUUGUGCUGUUCAUCCCAUCAAUGGUAGAAGAGCAGGAGGGCAGCAUAUGGAUGUGAUUGAGGAAGUAGAGACGUUGGAAAAUUUGGAGAGAGGAGAGAAUGAACCAAAAACUAGAAAGCAGGAAGCCAAUGGAGGUAUUAAGGGAUUUAAACCUCCUCAACUGGAGAUUCUUGAACAUGUAAAGAUCAAUGUCACGCCCAAAACUCCGAGGUCAACUCUGAAAGGCUGCCUCAACAGUGACAAACAAGACUUGUUCAGCAAGAAGGAACUGAGGAAAGCAGAAGAGCAAAUGAAACAGGCUUUCAGUGAGUUCUACCAAAAGCUUCGGCUUUUGAAAAGUUACUGUUUCUUGAACCAAUUGGCUUUCUCAAAGAUCAUGAAGAAGCAUGACAAGAUCACUUCGAGGAAUGCAUCAAAGGUUCACUUGCACAUGAUGGAAACCUCUUAUCUUGGGACGUGUGAUGAUGUUACUAGGCUUAUGGAAAGGGUGGAGACUACCUUCAUAAAGCACUUCGCAAACGGAAACCACAGAAAAGGAAUGAAGACAUUAAGACCAACAGCCCGAAGGGAGAAGCAUAGAAGUACAUUUUUCUUGGGACUGUUCUCUGGGUGUUCAGUUGCUCUUGUAGUAGCCAUUAUAGUGCUUAUACAUGCAAGAGGUCUCCUUGAAAGUGAAGGGCGUGACCUGUACAUGGAAAACAUAUUCCCUCUUUACAGCUUGUUUGGAUUCAUAGUCCUUCAUAUAGUCGUCUUCUCAGCAAACAUAUAUUACUGGAGGCGAUACCGAGUAAAUUAUUCAUUCAUCUUCGGCUUCAAAAAAGGCACAGAAUUGGGGUACAGACAGUCUUUCCUCAUGAGCUCCGGCCUUGCAGUUCUUGCAUUGGCUGGUGUUCUCUCGAAUUUGGAUAUGGAGAUGGACCCAAGAACAAAAACCUUCGAAGCCUGGACAGAAUUAGUCCCUUUGGGCCUAGUCAUCGUUGUGAUUGGUAUAAUUUUAUGUCCUUUCAACAUAAUGUAUCGUUCCAGCCGCUUUUUCCUCAUCCAAGCUGUAGUACAUUGUGUUUGUGCUCCUCUGUACAAGGUUACCCUCCCUGAUUUUUUCUUGGCAGAUCAGCUUACUAGCCAGGUUCAGGCCUUCAGGAGUCUGGAAUUCUAUGUUUGCUAUUAUGGUUGGGGGGACUUUUUAAAAAGAUCACACAACUGCCUAGACAGCAAUGUAUACAAAACUUUCUACUUCAUUGUAGCAAUUAUCCCAUAUUGGAUUCGUUCCCUUCAGUGUCUGAGACGCUUGGUGGAGGAGAAAGAUGGAAUGCAAGGGUUAAAUGGGCUGAAAUACUUCUCAACAAUUGUCGCAGUUGCCAUGAGAACAAGUUUUGAUAUGAAAAAAGGGAUGACAUGGAAGAUCCUAGCUAUGACUAGCUCAAUUGUUGCAACGCUUGUCAGUACUUACUGGGAUAUUGUGAUAGAUUGGGGUCUCCUGCAACGGAAUUCUGAAAACCGUUGGCUCAGAGAUAAACUCCUUAUACCAAACAAAAGUGUUUACUUUGUAGCCAUGGUGUUAAAUGUUCUACUCAGACUUGCUUGGAUGCAAUCAGUACUAGGAUUUCGGGAAGCACCAUACAUCCAUAGAACAGCCUUGGUUGCAAUAGUUGCCUGUUUAGAAAUAAUUCGCCGUGGCAUUUGGAAUUUCUUCCGGCUGGAGAAUGAGCACUUGAAUAAUGUUGGGAAGUAUCGAGCAUUCAAGUCUGUACCCCUACCUUUCAACUAUUAUCAUGAUGAAGGCAAGAGCAGAUAAACAUUUAUACCAUAGAAGAGAGAUGACAGGAGAAAGUAGCAAAUUAAUACGAGAAAGUACUAUAGCAACAGGUAGAGAAAUCGGCAGAAUGAAAACGAAAAUGCCCCACAUUGUUUCAACCAGCCUUGAUUAGCGUUUCUUUUGCUCUUGGCAUGAAAGUUGUAGCCUGUAGAUCCAUUGCCCUUUCUGGCAUCGAAUCAUUUUGGCCACAGUUCCCGUUUUUUCUGCUUUUGCAUGAGCUUUCAUUGUAUGAAAUAUUUGUUAUAAUAUCCAGACCAAAAUAAAUAAAAUAGUAAUGAAAGGUUUCAUGAGUU